ACGCACGCACACACAUCUACAUACACACUCGCAUACACACGCGGCUGAACCAAAAAAAGCGUACUCCUCAACUCCACCGGUGGGAGGAGAUACCAGAUGAGAUUUGUUUCCAAACGCGCACCGAUGGCGGUGUGAGGCGUUUUGGCUGAGAAGUACGCACGGCGUUGUGGAUUUGUGAAACCUUUUAUGUGCAUUUUCUUCCCGUCCGUAUCCUGGUUGCGAGGAACUAAAACAAAGCCAUGGAUUACUCAGUCUGUUUACUUUUACUGCUGUCAACCAUUUCAUCUGUGUCGACCGGACAAUUCCCAACAGCGCAGAUGAUAAAAGAAUGGGUGGAUCAGAUGCAAAAAGAGUUGAUCACAUUAACAGACACAGCCAGUGGUAUGGACAACCUAAUACAGAUAUAUCAUAAACACAGACCUCACUUCAGCGUUGAGACCAACGAUGCAAGGCACCUGGUGGCGACAGCUGCUGGGAAUAUAGAGAAACUGCUAUUCAAACGCUCCCAAGCCCUGAAGAGGCUGGCAAUGGAAGCAGAAAAGUUUCAGAUGGAGCACACGUGGAUCGGCGACAGUGAGGUCGACAAAAUGGUUUACUACAAUGCCAAAGAUGACCUUAAUGAGACAGAGGAAGUCAAAGGAAGGAAAAACCGAUAUCUUCCCGAUGAUUUUGAGAUCGACCCCGACUUCAAGCGGCUCGUCUCGUACAACACCACCGCCGUCCACAUCCCGACAGACAUAUAUGAAGGCUCAAACAUCAUUUUGAAUGAGCUAAAUUGGACAGAGGCCUUGGAAGAUGUUUUCCGAAAAAACAAAGAGGAAGAUCCCUCACUCCUCUGGCAGGUGUUUGGCUCGGCCACCGGAUUGGCUCGGUACUUCCCAGCAUCCCCUUGGACUGACUCAAGCAAUUUGGCCGAUAAGAUCGACCUCUAUGAUGUUCGAAGGCGACCGUGGUACAUUCAGGGGGCAGCGUCACCCAAGGACAUGCUCAUCCUGGUGGACGCGAGCGGCAGCGUUUCGGGGCUCACCCUCAAACUCAUCCGAACGUCGGUCAGCAAGAUGCUGGAGACGCUCUCCGACGACGACUACGUGAACGUGGUCUACUUCAAUGACAAGGCCACGCACGCGGCGUGCUUUGCCAACCUGGUGCAGGCCAACGUCCGCAACAAGAGGAUGCUGAAAGACGCCGUGCAGAACAUCACGGCCAAGGGUACCACCAACUACAGAGGCGGCUUCGAGCUGGCCUUUGAGCAGCUCGCGCAGAUGAAUGUGACAAGGGCCAAUUGUAACAAGAUCAUCAUGCUCUUCACUGAUGGAGGAGAAGAGAGGGCAGAGGAUAUCUUUAAAAAAUACAACCCCAAGCAAGCGGUGCGCAUCUUUACAUUUUCAGUAGGCCAACACAACUAUGACAAAGGACCAAUACAGUGGAUGGCCUGCGCUAAUAAAGGGUACUAUUAUGAGAUCCCAUCUAUUGGUGCCAUCAGAAUCAACACUCAGGAGUACCUGGAUGUUUUGGGCCGGCCGAUGGUUAAGGCUGACAGAAGGGCCAAGCAGGUUCAGUGGACCAACGUCUACCUGGAUGCACUGGAGCUCGGCCUGGUCAUCACUGGCACUCUGCCCGUCUUCAACAAGACCAACACAGGCUCAAAGAAAACUCAGAACCAGCUCAUCUUGGGGGUUAUGGCUAUUGAUGUCUCCCUGGAAGAUAUCAAGAGACUGACGCCUCGGUUUACUUUCGGACCAAAUGGCUACUACUUUGCCAUCGACCCCAAUGGAUACGUGCUGCUCCACCCUAAUCUCCUGCCAAGUACUGCCAAGUUUCAUGAAUCUGUAACGCUGGACUUCUUGGAUGCAGAGCUGGAGAAUUCGUUCAAAGUGGAGAUCAGAAAAAAAAUGAUCGACGGUAAUACAGGGAAUUACACCAUGUCUACAUUGGUGAAAUCCCAAGAUGAGCGCUACAUUGACGUAGGUCAGAGGACGUACACCUAUGCUCCAGUGAAGGGGACAGAUUACAGCCUGGCUCUGGUCCUUCCUGACUACAGUAUGCAUUACAUCAAGGCCAAAAUCGCCGACACGAUCACGCAGGCAAAAUUUUCUGAAAGCCUGAUGGCGGACAAGUUCGAUGAAUACGGCUACACGUUUAUCGCACCGAGGGUUUACUGCAAGGACUUAAAGCCACCGGACAAGAACAAAAACAACACUGAGUUCCUCAUCGAGUUCAACGAUUACAUCGACACAAAGACUCCAAACAACCCCAUGUGUAACGUAGAGCUGGUGAACCGAUUGCUCCUGGAUGCUGGCAUCACCUCGUCUCUGAUCAAGCAUUGGAAGGCAACCGACUCACAGCCUGGUGUCUUGGCCAGAUUUGUUGCCACGGAUGGAGGGAUCACGCGGGUCUACCCCAAAAGUGCCGGGCUGAACUGGGAAGGAGAAGCUGAGACUUACGAGUCAAGUUUCUAUAAGAGAAGUAUGGACAAUGAUCUGUACAUCUUCACUCCAACACCCUACCUCUCCAGAGAGAACACGAGUGAGGAGUCCAUCCUGGUGAGCAAAGCAGUACACCUUAACAUUGAUGGAAUCCUACUCAAACCCGCUGUUGUCGGUGUGAAGCUGGACAUUGGUGCCUGGAUGGCGAGCUUCAUCAACACCACACAGAAGAUCAAUUGCAAUGAUGAGAUCUGUGGCUGUCAGCGUAAUGAUGUGUAUGUAGACUGUGUCAUCCUGGACGAUGGGGGCUUCCUGGUGAUGUCGAAUAGAGACGAACACAUCGAUGAGAUUGGACGUUUCUUUGGUGCCAUCGACCCGAUCCUCAUGGUGAACCUGCUCAACUCGUCCCUGUUCACCUUUACCAAGACUUUCGACUACCAGUCGCUCUGUGACCCUGAGAAAGAGAGCAAGGCGGCUGCAGGCCUGCGAUCCGUCUACGUGCCCACAAUUGCAGAUAUUUUGAAUUUAGGAUGGUUUGCAACCGCCGCAGCCUGGUCAAUACUGCAACAGUUACUGGUCAGCAUCACAUUUCCCAAUUUCCUAGACGCAGCCGAGAUGGAUGAAGAAAUGUCGGAUGCCAUGCUCAAAGAAGUCUGCAUCACAGAGCAAACGCAAUAUUACUUUGAGACCAACGACCCUUCUUUCAGAGGAACAAUUGACUGUGAAAACUGCACCAGACUCUACCAUGCUGAAAAGCUGCCCAAGACGAACCUGGUCUUCAUCAUCGCUGAUGCAAAACUCACCUGCUCGUCCUGUGACACCAAGCCGUUAAUACAGGACGAACAGCAGUCUAACGGUCCUAAUCCCUGUGAACUGGCUCAGAACCCUCGGUACAGGAAAGGGCCCGCGGACUGUUUUGAUAACAACGAACACGAGAAGGACCCUGACUGUGGCGGGGCGUCCGGCCUGAGCCCCUCACUUUGGCUGAUGGUGGCCCUUCAGCUGGUUCUGCUCUGGGUUUCGACUGGCUCCAGACCCCAUACCAUCCCAUCAUGACCUCUGAAAAUCAUCAUCACACCCUCUCUCUCUCGUUCUCUCUCUCUCUCGCUCUCUCUCUCGCUCUCUCCCUCCGAUAUCUCCAAAAUGGCAACCAGCAUGCAACGCUGCCACCAGAAUGACGAACACCUGAUGAGAAGCACUUGUAACAAACAAACAAACCAAAACCUGUGAGCCCCACAUCUUGUCACUUCCUCCUUUUGAUACCUUCGUUUUCAGGGGUUUCAGCCAAGUGAUUUCACCGGGUGCAGUGUUGAAAGAAAUGUUUAUUGGAAGAUAGAACUUUGAAAGACCUCAACCGUCGCUGCCGUUCACGUCUUCAAUCGUCCCCGCCAGCUGAGAUUAGAGGAACCCGAGAUUCAUGUGGAUUGGCGACUUAUGAAUUUUUUCUGGAUUAAUGUCAAUGACGAUAUCAAUCGGACUGCCUUAUAUUAUCAGAGGGUUUUAAAUCACGAUUCGGGAGGGGGGGAGGGGGGGUCUGACUGUUUAAUGAAGAUGUUGAGCAGUUCAGGAUCAGCGCUGCCUUUUGCAAGCGUGUAAUUUAUUUUGAAUCAAUUUGCAGUGACUAGGUAUUAGGUAUUUAUUGUUUUGUGAUUGAGAAUUCGGCCAAAUUGCAGUACGAGAUGCCAAAUCUUUACAUCACAACCUCCUCGUGCCCUUCAUUUGCCUCCAUUGGGUUGCUGAAAAAUGAUGUUGUCUCUGUUUUAGAUUGCACUCAGCAGAACAUGUUUACGGUGUCCCCGAGGGUUUCGAAAAAAGAUGCACAUAGUCGUGAGGUUCCCUCUUACAACGUAUUAUACCAGAGAAAUCACUGCAGUCAGUCCGUGCUCGUGAUCCUCUUUACUGCUGUAUUUUAAUUAGUUUUCUCCAAUAUACAUUUUUCUUGUUUCAUUAUGUGUGCCUUGUUUUCCAUUGAUUACAUAUAAAAAAAACAGAGUGAGAAAUUACAGAUGCUCUACUGUAGAUCUAUUGAUUGAAUUAGUGUCAUCGUGUUUACCAGAAUGCAGUUAGAUUAGUUACCAAACCACUGCUGCAGAGCAAAAUAACAAAAUAAUAAAAUUUCACAGGACACAAACAAGCUAAAUGCCAAUUCAGUAAUAAUUACAUCAAAGGGGAAAAGAAAAAACGACAUGAAUUUUGGUUUUCAUAUAAUUUAAAAGACGUAAAUUCAAAUAGGCAGGAAAUAAUGUGAUGUGAUGGUUGUAGACAACACGCAGAGGAUAAAAACAUCAUUUUUUAUUCAGAGGAUAAAAACAUCAUUUUUAUUUCAAGCUACACUUGAAAGUGUGUUUGCUGCUGCUGUCAAUGAGUAAUCCCUCUAAACAAUCAUUGUUUGGUUGUCUGUUGGUUUCAGGUAAGAAAUUGACAAUCACAGGUUACAACAGUAAUCUUUGACAGCUUUUAUUGAUAUCAGAUACGUUAGGAUACACCCCGUGGUUAAUAAUAACCCCAAAUCAUCAAAUGUCCCCGUUCACUGUACGACAAUUUCAAUUGCAAUGUUUUUGAGAAUCAAAACAUCAAUAGAGGAAAUCAUUUGGGGAAUUUGGAACACAAAUUAAGCCGCAAGCACCACAUUUGUCUCUCACCAUCAACAUACUUGUUUUACUUAAAUAAUUGCUGUUGCAUUAUACUGAAUAAUAAUGUCAGUUUUUAUAUUAUUUGUAUUCCUUCGGCUUAUUUGUCCGUUGUCUUUCAGGGCAAAAACACCAUCAUGGUCAGAAACUUUUAAGUGGUCCUGGGUGCACUUGUUACUCUUCUUCUAUAUUUUACACUAUAACCAUCCAACAAAAUCGAUGUGGUUAAACUAAACAUGGUAUUAAUGCUCUUCAUUCACUAAAAUACUCAAGAAUAUAAAGUGCCAUAUAGGACUCUCUUAUUCUCUUGUGGAGGAACCUAUUAUCAUAAUAUAACAUUUAUGCAAUUUACCAAGGCAACAUGUACGUCUCAUAAAUGGUUUCCCUGUGCUGCAUGGUAGUGGCGUAGAAUUUAAUUACAACAAGCAUAUCCAGUGUGCUCCUGCUUUAGUGUGUCUUGUUGGGAAGCAUAAUAUUCUGCGUGUCAGCCAUUUAUUUGUACAUGAUGUGAUGAAGUAUGAUCAGCUAUUACUGCCUUUCUCUUGGGGGGGGGGGGACAGCAUUUGGCUCCGCCCUGCUCUGAGUCAGCUGGGGAACGAGAAUCUAAUUGGCCAACGUGAUGUUUGAAGCACUAGUCAAUCUGUCCACUGGUUCAAGCCAUUUAUGAAUCGCUAUUAUUUCAGGACCAUACCGGUGAUUUAGCAAGUUUCAACCAAUCAUUGCAAAUCAUGAAUACUGUCUGCUAUUAUGUCUAGUCUCCUACUUUAAAUCUUAUCAGAGGGUUUUCCUAGACCUAACCACACCGUUUUAUUGUCUUAAGUCCUUUAUUGUCUGAACUUAAUAUGUUUUUUUGUUCAAUUGGCACUUCACUAAGUCCUGCAUCCUGGCCAAUCAACUAGCAUCAACUAGCUCUGCUUUAUAGACGUUCAUGCCAUCGAUUCAAAUUUUCUUUCUUUUCAGGCUGGUUUCGUGGAAUUGGAGCUAGUCAUGGUGACAUGUUAGGUAAGAGUAAUCCUGUUACAUGUAGAGGUUGGAGCAGGAUAUGCGUUUUAUUAAAAACACAUGCACAUGCAGUUUGGCCAUCUGAAGCAUGAGAAUUGAUAACUGUUGAUACCGCUGAUUAAAUUGGCUGAUUACAAACAACAUGGUGCUCUAGUCUUGAGCCCUUAAGAGAGUUUUACAGAAAUUAAUGGAAAACAAUGUCUGCCUGAAAAGUAAGAAAAUCACUUUUAAAAGUGGGAAAAGGUGGAUAUGAUCUUCUUUUUUUCCUAAUAGGCUAAAUAUACAUUAAAUGUAGUUAAGACUAUUCUAACCUUUUGUGGUUAAACUUGCACAAAUACUGGCAUGGUCUUUUAAGUCACACAAUUACACACCACCUAAGAGGCCCCAGCUGGCUGCUUUUAGAGAUGCACAGAAAACAUUGGAGAAUGAAUACGAGCUCCAUAUAUUUGUCCAGAUGAAGUGCUAAAAUCAGAUGCUGUCACUUCAGGAACAAUAUACUCUUGAUGUGAUAUGAAGUGUUUUUGACUCUGUUGGUGCUCAUUGUGUGGGUUGGCCUUUUUAUUUCUGGAAUCUUGAGGAUUGCUCUGUGUGUGUUUUGUGUCUGUUACCUUGCUGCCACUCUUUGGCAGACGAUUGGCGGACCCGUCAGUCAAUCUCUCUCUGCCUUCGGUUUUAAGGGAGACUCUCGAUGGAGGCGUCCGUCAAGCCGUCCCUCGCCAGAAUCUUUCUUGGUCUUGGUGGGCCUCUCUGUCAGUCUCCCUUGAUUGUGCUUUAACAUGUUAGUGGAACUUGAUUCAUGUAAACAUUUGUAUAAAACUGAUGUUGUUCUCAACAAACAGAAAAAAAGAACUGUUUAUAAUCAUGGGGAGGAAAAAAUGUGUUUAUUCGUGUGCAAAUGAGGUACAUUCAGAAUAAAAGUUGAUGAUUACUA